CUUACACUUGUUACAAAUUAAAAGAACCAGUUUUCCCAUCAGUGUAUCUAUAAGAUGAAAAACUAUACUUAAUAUAUAUGCAGUUAUGGGCGAACAUUAGGACUUUUGUUCUAAAAAAUGGCAAUUAUUUUACAUAAGUUUUCACAGUUUAUGUAAAUAUAACUGUUAUGAAACGUUGUGUUACACAAGGGGUUUCAUGAAGAAGUGAUUUUCUAGAUAGUAAGGAUUGAAACCUAAUGAUAUGAGGUUGGCCAGUUACUGAAAAGUAAUUCAGAUAUUCUGAGAAAACAUUUGUCAGAAAAGAAAGAGUUCUUUGGAUUAAUUUGGCUUAAAAUUAGCGAUUAACAAACAAUUUAAAUGAAUCAAUGCUAACAGCAAAGACAAGGAGCACAGUAUCGUCGUUGGUUACAGUGGUCCUCCUCAGUAGAGUUCAAGUAAUACAGACACCACGAAUAGUCAGAAAUCAGCAUACAACUGAACAGAAAAGUGAAGUAUUAUCAAUUCCAAUGAAUAUACAAAAAGCUAAAGAAGAGGCCCUAUGGGGUAUGUUUAUAGCUGAUGCCUUGGCUAUGCCGGUACACUGGUACUAUAACCCUGAUGAUAUUAAAGAUGGUUAUGGAGGAUGGCUGACAGGAUACAGGGAACCAGAAAAAAAGCACCCAUCCAGUAUACUUACCAUAUCAGCUGUUGGAGGAAGUGGCAGGAGUGGAUGGGAAAGUAAAACAAAACCAGUCAUUGGUCAUGUGAUCCUACACAAUAAACUUAAAUACUGGACUAGUAGGGACCAGUCUGUCCAUUAUCACCAAGGUAUGAAAGCAGGGGACAGUACUCUAAACAGUUUGACAGCGUUAGAGUGUUUGAAGACUAUGUCAAGAGUAGAUCCUAACACCAUUAUACCAUCACGUGAUUUGCGGGGCAUGGUUUUGGAGGACUAUGUAAAGUUUAUGACCACACCUGGUACACAUAAUGAUACCUAUGCAGAAUCUUUUCACAGAUCAUUCUUCAAAGACUGGGUUUUAGAGAAUCAGCCCCCUAAAACUGCUGAAGAUCUCUUAGAAUGGACUGAAAACAGGUUCAAGAGUAAAUCAGGACAAUCUGACUCCCAGCUGAUUGUAAUAGGUGCUUUAGUCCCGGCUGUACCAUGGGUUGUUCACUAUGCAGACAAACCAGAGGAUGAUUGUGUCAAGGCAACAAUAGAUAUCAUUAAGCUAACACACCCCGAAGAAUCUUUGAUACCAUAUAUUGAAAUCUAUGCACGUCUUCUUCAUAGAGUAUUAAAUGGAAAGGAUCUGACUGAGGAAGUCAAGAAUUUUAUUGGCCAUAAAAAACUGGGUGGAGCACCAAAGAGAAAGACAGUGGAAACGUUACUUGAAAAAGCCAAAGAAUAUCCACUUGGAUCAGAGAAACGUUUACAGAUAUACCAGAUGGCCACUGGUAGACUAGGAUCAGCCUGCUACAUAGAGGGUGCUUUGAGUAGUAUGAUGUUUCUAGCAUUAGAAUUUGCAGAUCAUCCAAAUGAAGGGCUGCUAGCCAAUGCCAAUUGUGGUGGUGAGAACUGUCACAGGGGAGCAGCUUUAGGAGCACUGCUAGGAGCCUCGGCAUCACGGAAAGGGAAACAGAUUUCUGAUCAAUAUAAAGAACAUCUAGGAUCAGCCAAACCACAACUUGUUCAGAUAUUAGAUGCUAUGCAAUCAAAAAUGUAACAAAGUUUUAGCUUGGACAGUCUGUUGCUGUAUAAUGCUAGUAAUUUAUUUUCUGUAUCUACUUUUUUGUAUGUAGGAUUUUAUAAGCUAUUGGUACAAUUAUUUAACUCAAUCUUUAAGCAUUGAUUAAUCUGAAUACUUUUUUUUUUAUAUAUAUUGUUUUUGUAGAUGAUUUAGUCCCAUUAUGCAUAUUCUAAAGUCCUAAUCAAUACCUCUCACAUUUUUUAUUUAUUUAUUAAUUUGGUUAUAAUUUUGUUUCUCUCAAAGUUUAAACAUUAAUACCUCAUUUCAUUAUAUUUGAUAUACAAAAAUGUAUGAAUCAUAGAUGUAAAUGUAAAAGUAUCAUUGUACAAGUUUAAGACUUUUAUAUAAAUAAAAUAUUUUGUCAAUCACAAAGUCAUCAUUAAAAAUAUGAUUAAAGUUUUUGUCAUUUCACCCUGAUGUUUAUAUAAAACUGCUAUGCGUUGUUCAUCCUUUCAUUUUUUCUUUGUAAACUCUGUGAGCUAACACAAAAGUCCUGUAUCUUUUUAAGGAAGAGCUUUUUAUAAUAGCUUUUCUUUGACCAAUACUCAUUUUUGAUGAUAAAGACAUCAUGAUAAUAUAUGCUUUAUUUCUUGUAAUUGCAAACAAACAAAUAGAUUGGUUUGAUAUGAACAUGAUAUAAACAUGAUUUUGAUAAACUUAUUUUCAUUACUUAAUAGUAAUAACAACAAGAAAAUAGAUGCAACAAAUAGGUCAAAACCUUUAGUAAAUGUAUUACGAAUAUAGCAAUAUCAUAUCAAAGUAUGAUUCUAACUAUAUGAUUUAUUAAAAAAAAAAAAGGAUAACUUAAAACUAUAGUUGUUUUGUUUUUGCUCUAUAGUGUUACUGAUAUAGGUUUGAAAUUAUGCUGAGAUAAGAUAUGAGAGUUUAAAAGAUACCAAGGGAUGAUCAAACUCAUUAGUGGAAAAGAACAUAAAAAAGAUAAUUAAAAUCUGAUCCACAUGAAUCCCAACAAGAAAAAGGGAUAACUCAGGCUCUUGGGAUUGGUACCAGAUUUUGUUCCACAUGAGACCCCUGGUGUGUCAGAAAGGAGACAAUACCUUUUUUAAUAUUGUCACAAACUUUACUUACUGCUGGUAACAGUGAUGAGCUUCCUUUAUUUGUCUCACCAUGGUACCUCAUUGAUCAUUUGUUUACAAGAUUAUGCAUGGUAGGAUUGUUUGCCAUAUUAUCUUGACAAUACAAUACUAUCAAUUUGAUUUCUUAACUCUUUUGGGAGUUCUCAAACUAACCACUUUUGUUUAUUAUAUAAAUCGUAACACAGUAAGUUAAUGACACUAUAGUGCUCAACUCAAUAUAGAUGGUUUGCCCCAGAAAAUGUUUACACUGAGCAGAAUUUUUGUCACCAUGUGUAUUUCACCAUAUGAUUUCUUUAUUUGAGUUUGACAACUUCUAUGAGAAUUAUGACACUUUAUCACUUUUUGUAAAGUAACAAAGUUGUUGUUAUUGUUUCGUAUGUUAUUUUCCAGCGGAUUAGUAUGAGACAAACUUUGUCACAUAAUAAACACACAAUUAUGUAUAUCAUUAGUUUUGCAAGUUUGCUUGUUAGUAUGGUAAUUAAUUGCUCUGAAGUAUGUCACAUGUAAUUUUACAAUACAGUGUAGAUAAAAAAGAAUGUUAUAGAGGUCAAAUUAUUGUGGUCAAGGUUUAUAAUGAACAUACUAUUAAAUAAAA